GUUAGACGUUAAUUGGUGUGGGGGCGGGAAGGUGAUAAAUGUUAUGAGAGGGUAGGAGAAAUAUAGAGUUUUGUGUUGCUCUCGUUUCGUGCACUUCUACGGUCUCACUUAUAUUGACCAUCACGUUCACAUUUCGAUAUGAAUAAUCCUUCACAAUCCAUGGGAGUUGGGCAACCGCACCAUCAAAUUAAUCACACAAGACCAUUUUUCUAUGUUCAACCACCAACUCAACCUUAUUAUAAUAUGCAUCAUUGGAAUAUGAACCUGUAUGGCCAACCUUCAUCAGCUAUGCCGUAUGGUCGUCCAUAUAUGGCUCCAUAUCAGUACUUGCAGUAUCCAGGGUACAUGGUUCCACAAGCUCCCAUGCAGCCCGUCGACUACAGUCGGAUGUUCAACCCCCAUAUCGCUUCUGCGACCUAUGACAUCCAGUUCCGACACCACUUUCAGCAGCAGGCCCGUGUUCGGCGAACAACCGCCUGUUCUGAAGCUCAAACCGAUCCGUGUGACGCAAUCCACAAGCUGAUUGACGGCCUAGACAGGCUUGCGACCACUAAGAUCCCACCUGGCGACAGGGGGCACAUGCCUAACUCCGACCUGACGCUAACCUCUAACGUGAGCGUGUCUCCUGCUUCCUCUGGGACAAUGUCUGGGGAUGUGGAAGCGGAACCAAGCGGACAGGGUAGAGCGUCGGCGCCCAGGCCUUUGCCACAAAGACAACCCCAGCCAAGUAAGAGGCAGUGGGACUACACUGUGUCCAGCAGUGUAUUCUCUGAUUCCACGUGUGCUGCAGCCUAUGAUGCGGAGUCCAGCCAGAGUUGCCUGGAUGGGCAGGCCAAGCAGGAUGUCUGGUCCGUUUGCUCUGGCACUCUGCCUAUUGACCGUGACGUACAUGAGGAUAUGCUGGAGUCUAGGCAGCAAUACCACUCUGACAAGAUCUGCCUGAACACCAGAGAACCUGGGAUAGACGGACUGCCUGGAGAACAUCCCAAACCUCUCUUGGACAAUGCAAAACAUGAAUAUGGGACCUCGUUGCAGCGACUUGAACGGAAUGGUGUUUCACCGGACCGCAAGUCCCUCGACUGUUCUUCAGGAAAAGAUGAAAUGGUUCUGCUUCUUUCCGGCUCUGAGCUGAAGGAUGCAGAAAACCUGGCCCCUGUGGUGGAAGACCUGCCUUGCCAGAUCCCUGGUAUGCCCUUCAACGGGGUAACAGUGGACACGCCGCCGAACGAUGAGCCACUAUUGUAUGUGGACUCUGUUGCGUCCAGUCUCGGGGAUCUACCCCGACGCAGCCUGCCCAUGCUUGCUAGUGCCUACUACUACAGCUACUACCCACCAGUGGCCCAGGAUCGCCAGAGUGUCCUUAGCCUGUCCAUGGAUGAGCUCUCCUCCAGGGACGAGCUCUUCACAGACGUUGAUGACCUAGACCUAAUGUCUGGCCCGGUGUACAUGGGCGGUGGGAAGCUUGCAGAGGCAGCAGGCAACACUGCUGACCUCUUGGGCAAGGAAAACCUGCAUUUUAAAUCUGAGGAAAGGUUCGCGGCUUGUUCAGAGACCUGUCUCAGCUGUGGAUUGAGCCUGGUUGGAGAACCCUGGCCUGAUGAGGCACAUGGACCCGGUAGUUAUGUGGAUCAGGAGGAAAUGGGUGACGAUUUAGAGGAAGAGGAAAAUGACUACAAUGAUGGAGAGGAGCUGCCGAGUACCUGUCAGGUUCCGACGCUCAUGAAGAAACCACAACAUCCUACAAGACUGUCUUUGCUCUCUACUCAACCGUUUUCUAAGAGGAAACCGAGGCGGAGCUGCUGUGAGGACCAUAAUGAAUGUUUGUGCCAUGAAGAGCAGGGUUUCCUCUGGAGCUCUGACUGCUGUGAGGAGCACAACGACAAUGUGAAAGCUGACAAGUAUAAAGGAAAAUUACUAAAUCCCCCGUCCAUGCUUUCGAAUGAGAAACCUUGGCGAGAGGGCAGUGUAUCGGACCAAGAUAGUUGGGGGAGUAGUGGUACCAAAUACAAACUGAAGUCUUUUAGACACGACAAUGGGUCCCAAGAAAAAAUGAGACCCCUAUGCAGAAGGCCUUCCUGCAAGACGUUUGUCCAGAGGCCCAGAAGGACCGAAUGUGACCACUGUGAGGGGUCAGAGUUCCCUUGCUCCCACAGGGGCAGAGGAACCGUGAAUAGAAGGGGCACAAGAUACUAACCUACUGUAUUUAAAGAAACUGCACUAACUUAAUAUAUUUGUGUAAAUGUAUUACCUAACAUUAUAUUCACUUGCACAAUUAAAUGCACACAAAGCACAUUGUAAUAAAUAAAGACACUCUUAAUGUUUGUAUAAGUGUUAAAAGAAAUCUAAAGGCAGCAGUUUUACCACUUGCUGUACAGUAGAUGCCUGCAUUUCCAGAGCAUAAUGAUGGGAGCCAGUUUGGACAAUUUGCUUUCAUCUUAAUUGUAGUCUGGGCUACACCCUCACUGGACUAUUGUGACUCUGGUCCCUUGCCCUGCAAACUGGACAUAUUGAGCCAGUCUAGUUUGCAGCUUCUCAAAUCAAUGUCUGUAUUUCACUGAGACUGAAGCCCAGGCAAUCUGAUUAUCAAGCAGUGGAAAUGCAGUGGCUUGGAGAUGUGAAACCAAUUGAUCUUGUUUGGCUUCAAGAGCCAGUCGAAGUUCAUGUGUCUGUUUUUAUUAUUGUGCAGAUAUUUUAAACCUUGCAGUGUAAUGUAGACAAACUGACAUUUACUUGCCUGCACAGUGUUAUUGUGUCAUUAAAAUCCCUACAUUGCA